AUGCAAAUUGAUAAGCUUAGUAUUACAUUAACUUAUGAUGGUUGGAAGAAUAUUAAAAAGGAAAGUUUAUUAGGCAUAGCAUUAAUUAAUUUAAAAGGCAAAAUGUUAAUUUGGGGUGCAGAAGAUCUUUCAGAAAAACAAACUCGAUGGCCUGAGGUUAUAAAAAUUAUUAAUGACCUUUUUACCAAAUUUGAAGAAAAUAACAUUAAAGUUAAUUGUCUUGUAAUUAAUUCUGCUUCUGAGUUUAUGGCAGCUCAGUUACGUCUUCAAACUUCUUAUCCUAAUAAGGUUUUUAUACCUUGUUUUGCACAUCAAAUAAACUUGGCUGUUGGUGAUAUAUUUCAAUAUUCAUCAACUAUUAAAACUGUUGCAAAAGAA